AUGAAUCCCGUCGUAACAAAUAGAGCGGGAAGACCUAACAAAAACACAAUUACCAAAUUCACCGAAGAACCAAGAUCAAUUAUAUCACAAUUGCUCUCGGAAGAAAGACAGCAAUCCUUAUUAGGAACGGAGUCUGAUAAUAUAAUACUUCAUGAAAAAUUUACAACCAAUAAGACUGUUCAUAAGCCUCCCUUUGAAUAUGUUAAUCUAGCAUCACCGGUAUUACAAGCUGAUAGGGAAGAUCAACAAAAGCCUUUUGAGCUGAACGAUUUCAUAUUGAGUGGAUUUAAUGAACACUACAAUGAUUUAAAUUUAAACAAAACUGUGCUAAAUCGACCAAAGAAACAUAAGAGUGAAAUGAGAGAUGUAAAUAGAAUGCCUGUUUGUUCUUAUCCUCAAUGUACUUAUACCACAAAAAAUUCAUCUAAUAUGUCCAAGCAUAAGAGAACUCAUUCCGAUUAUAAAUUAUAUUUGUGCGACCAAUGUACAUUCAGUACCAAAUUUUCCAAUUCCCUGAAUGUACAUAAACGACUGCAUACUAAUGUUAAACCUUUUUUGUGUCCACAUUGUGAUUAUAGAUGUAAUAGUAGUUCCAACUUAAAAAAGCAUAUAGGUCAUAGACAUUAA